AUGAUUUCAAUUUUUAAAAUCCUAUCAUCACCAAAACCAGCAACAACAACAACAAAUAUUAUUAACCCAAUAAAUAUAAUAAAUGGAAUAAGAUAUUUUUCGAGUAAUCAAGAAGAUUAUCCAUUAUUUAAAAAACCAGUAUUUAAUGGUAAAGUUUUGAGAGGUGGUAGAAAAGUUUUUAAAAAUGAUUUAAUUUAUUCAAAAAAAGAAUCUCAUUAUAAUAAUAAUAAUAAUAGUAAUAAUAAUAGUAAUAAUAAUAAUAAUAAUAAUAAUAGUAAUAAUAGAAAUAAUAAUAAUUUCAGCAAUAAUAGAAAUAAUAAUAAUAAUAGAAAUAAUAAUAAUAAUAAUAGUAAUAGAAAUAAUAAUAAUAGUAAUGAUAAUAAUUUUAGAAAUAAUAAUAAUAAUAAUAGAAGAACUGAAUAUUAUAAAAAUGAUUUUGAUAGUUCAAAAUAUAUUUCAAAUAAACCAGAGAUUAGAAUUUUUGAUUUACAUGAACAAGCAGUUUAUGGUAUAAAUCCAGUUUGGGUUGCAUUGUCAUCUGGAAAUAGAACAUUUAAUGCAUUAUAUGUUUGUGGUACAUUAUUACCAAAAUUAAAAGAAUUGGGUAUUGAUAUUAAAAAUAUUGAAAAUUCAAAAAGAGAAUAUAUUUCUGAUUUUGAUCAUAACUAUGGUAGAGAAACAAACCAAAUAGAGGAUGAAAAUCAAGAUGAACAAUAUUCAAAUCAACAUGAUGAACAAGAACAAAAUGAAUAUGAGGAAGAACAAGAAGAAGAAAAAGUACAAGAAGAAGAAGAGGAUAAUAAUAAUAAUAAUAAUAUUAAAAAAACAACAUUUAAUAGAUACAAUGAUAGAAAGAAUUUAGUAGCAUUAAAAGAAAUUGUUAAAAAUUCAUUUAAACUUAAAAUACCAGUUAGAUCAGUUAAUAAGGGUACUUUGGAUUCAUUUUCGAAGGGUAGACCACAUCAAGGUAUAAUUUUAGAUGCAUCACCAUUGACUUUAUUAAAUAUCGACUUUUUAGAGAAAUUCGAUAUAAAUGAAAGAGUGAAUAAAAGAAUGAAUGGUGGUGGUGGUGGUGGUGGUGGUGGUGGUGGUAAUAAGAUUAACAAUGAUAAAUAUCCAUUAUGGUUAGUAUUGGACGAAUUAUGGGAUCCACAAAAUGUAGGUGCAAUAAUUAGAAAUUGUAGUUUCUUUAAUAUCGAUGGUGUGGUAAUUUCAAAUAAGAAUUCAAGUCCUAUAACACCGGCAGCUUCAAAAUCAAGUUCUGGGGCAUGUGAAAGUUUUGUAAUUAAUCGUACAGAGUCAAUUGAAGGUUUCUUAAAAUCAAGUCAAAGAAAUGGUUGGAAUGUAGUUGGUACAUCUUUAGAUGACUUGAAUGAAAACCAACCAUGUCUUGAUAUUAAUCAAAUUAAAUUAGAUCAACCAACAAUCCUCAUACUUGGUAAUGAAGGUUUUGGUUUAAAACCUUCAGUUUUAGAAAUUUGUAAUAAAACUAUAAAAAUCGUUGGUGGUAAUUAUAAAAUUGAUUCUUUAAAUGUUUCUGUAACUUCUGGUAUUUUAAUUCAUACAUUAUUAUCAUCUGGAACAUUACCAAAAUAA